GGGGCUCUGGCUGGCUGGGCGACGGCGGGCGCGGUGAUUGGCGGCCCCGCCGGGUCCGCCCCCGGCGUGGGGGUCGCGGGCACCGGGAGCCGAGCGGCGCGCUCCUGCUGGGGUGCGCGGCUCUCUGCUCCGGCGAGCGCGGCCUCCUGCGGUUGUGCCCUCGCCUCGUCGCGCCCGGCUUGCCAGCCUCCGGUGCCGCCUCUGCCCACGGAUGGGCUGGGGAAGUUGGGAGGAGCGAGCCGGAGCCAGUACCCGGCGCGACCCGCCGCUGCCUAACUCGGCGCCCGCAGUUCGGGCGCCGCGCGCCUGCCGCAGGAGCGCGGAUGCCCCCCGGAGCCACGGGCUGGCAGAGCUCAGGAAGGCGUGAACCCCUCUCCUGCUAGUCACAAAGAGGCUGGUGGAUGUGUCUACUCUGACUGCCGUCCUGUAGUUGCUGAGGCCUUCUCCUGGGUCCCUGAGGUCUUGGGUCCUGAGGCUGCCAGCAGACUAUGGGUACAACAGCCAGCACAGCCCAGCAGACGGUCUCGGCAAGUGCCCCCUUUGAGGGCCUCCAGGACGGUGGCUCGAUGGAUGGUCGGCACUCACUCAGCGUCCACUCCUUCCAGACCACAGGCUUGCACAACAGUAAGGCGAAGUCCAUCAUCCCCAACAAGGUGGCCCCCGUCGUGAUCACGUACAACUGCAAGGAGGAGUUCCAGAUCCACGAUGAGCUGCUCAAAGCCCAUUACACCCUGGGCCGGCUCUCAGAUGCCACCCCUGAGCACUACCUGGUGCAGGGCCGCUACUUCCUGGUGCGGGAUGUUACUGAGAAGAUGGACAUGCUGGGCACCCUGCAGAGCUGUGGGGCCCCCAACUUCCGGCAGGUGCGGGGCGGGCUCGCUGUGUUCGGCAUGGGACAGCCCAGCCUCUUGGGGUUCAGGCAAGUCCUCCAGAAACUCCAGAAGGAUGGACACCGGGAGUGUGUCAUCUUCUGUGUGCGGGAGGAACCCGUGCUGUUUCUGCAAGCUGCUGAGGACUUUGUACCCUACACGCCUCGAGACAAGCAGAGUCUUCAUGAGAACCUCCAGGGCCUUGGACCCGGGGUCCCUGCGGAGCGCUUGGAGCUGGCCAUCCGGAAGGAGAUCCACGACUUUGCCCAGCUGAGCGAGAACAAGUACUAUGUGUACCACAACACCGAGGACCUGCGGGGGGAGCCCCACGCCGUGGCCAUCCGGGGCGAGGACGACGUGCACGUGACCGAGGAGGUGUUUAAGAGGCCCCUCUUCCUGCAGCCCUCCUACAGGUACCACCGUCUGCCCCUGCCAGAGCAAGGGGCCCCCCUGGAAGCCCAGUUCGAUGCCUUUGUCAGUGUCCUCCGGCUGAGGGCUUUCCGGUCACACUGUUCCCUGCUCUUCACGGUCCUUUCCCAGGAGACCCCCAGCCUGCUGCUGCUCCAAGAUGCCCACGGGCCUCCCCCUGCUCUCCUCUUCAGCUGCCAGACGGGCGUGGGCAGGGCCAGCCUGGGCAUGGUUCUGGGCGCACUCGUCCUGUUUCACCGUGGUGGGACUGCCUUGCGGCCGGAGGCUGCCCCUGUGAAGACCAAGCCUCUGUCCAUGGAGCAGCUCGAGGUGGUCCAGAGCUUUCUCCACAUGGUGCCCGAGGGGAGGAGGAUGGUGGAGGAGGUGGACAGAGCCGUCGCCGCCUGUGCAGAGUUGCACGACCUGAAGGAAGUAGUCCUGGGAAACCAGAGGGAGCUGGAAGGCAGCCGGGCACAGGGAAGCAGCAGCCGGCCCGCUGUCCAGCAGAGGGCGCUUCAGAGCCUGGAGCGAUACUUCUACCUGAUCCUGUUUAACUACUAUCUCCACGAGCAGUACCCGCUGGCUUUUGCCCUCAGUUUCAGCCGCUGGCUGUGUGUCCAUCCUGAACUGUACCGCCUGCCUGUGACACUAAGCUCAGCGGGGCCUGUAGCCCCAAGGGACCUCAUCGCCCUGGGCUCCCUGGUGGCAGAUGACCUCGUCUCCCCAGAUGCACUCAGCACCAUCAGAGAGAUGGACGUGGCCAACUUCCGCCGGGUGCCCCGUUUGCCCAUCUAUGGCAUGGCCCAGCCCAGUGCCAAGGCCCUGGGGAGUAUCCUGGCCUACCUGACCGACUCCAAGAGGAAACUGCAGCAAGUCGUGUGGGUCAACCUGAGGGAGGAGGCUGUGCUCGAGUGUGACGGGCGAACCCACAGUCUGCGGCGGCCUGGGCCCCCCAUGGCCCCUGACCAGCUGGAGAACCUGGAGACCCAGCUGCAGGCCCACCUGACCAGGCCUCCCCCCGAUGCUGAGGGCCCGCGGACCCACAGGUUCCAGACGUGCCUUACCAUGCAGGAGGUCUUCAGCCGGCACCGCGGGGCCUGCCCCGGCCUUACCUACCACCGCAUCCCCGUCCCGGACUUCUGCGCCCCUCGCGAGGAGGACUUUGACCGGCUGCUGGGGGCCCUGCAGGCUGCCCUUGCCAAGGACCCGGGUACUGGCUUCGUGUUCAGCUGCCUCAGCGGCCAGGGCCGGACCACGACCGCCAUGGUGGUGGCUGUGCUUGCCUUCUGGCACAUCAGAGGCUUCCCCGAGGUGGGCGAGGAAGAGCUCGUGAGCGUGCCUGAUGCCAAGUUCACCAAGGGCGAGUUUGAGGUGGUGAUGAAGGUGGUGCAGCUGCUGCCCGAUGGGCACCGGGUGAAGAGGGAGGUGGACGCGGCGCUGGACACGGUCAGCGAGACCAUGACGCCCAUGCACUACCACCUGCGGGAGAUCAUCAUUUGCACCUUCCGCCAGGCGAAAGUGGCCAAGUCGGAGCAGGAGGCCCGGAGGCUGCGGCUGCGGAGCCUGCAGUACCUGGAGCGCUACGUCUGCCUGGUGCUCUUCAGCGCCUACCUGCACCUGGAGAAGGCCGGCUCCUGGCAGAGGCCCUUCAGCGCCUGGAUGCGGGAGGUGGCAGCAAAGGCCGGCGUCUACGAGAUCCUCAACCAGCUGGGCUUCCCCGAGCUUGAGACACCAGAGGACCAGCCCUUCUCGAGGCUGCGCUGCCGGUGGCAGGAGCAGAACCGUGGCCCCGAGCUCCCCGCAGCAGGGGACUUCCUGUAGGAAGGGGGCUUCCUGUGGGAUGCGCUCCCCCUGCCCCUGUUAUCACUGCCUCCCACAGGCCACCUCCCUCCCCAUGUGGUCUGGGGGUACCCGAUGCUGUUCGGUGGCAGUGGCCCUGAGAAACGACUCCUCGGCUUCCCAGAGACCAGGGUGGGUGGGGAUCCCCUUUUUGAAAGAGUUGUUACAGGAUAGUUGGCCACAGUGAUGCCUUGUGAAUGGCCGCUCCUGGAGGGCCUGCAGGAAGGUCCGGUGUGGCAUCAGCUCUCCAAGGCGCUCACUCCCCAAGUUGCCAAGUCAAACCUCUCGCCAUUUCUGUCCUCCCCUCUGCCCUGAGCAGUUCUGAUGGCCCCUGGCCUAGAGCAGUCCUGGCCAGUGUUGGUUCCUUCCCUGCAGCUCUCCCACAUGGCUUCUCCCCUUUUGCUGCCUGAGCGUUGCCCUGGUGGCCCUGGGCUCCCUGGGAGAUGGGAGAUGGGCCCUGGGAGGUGGACUUCGCUCUGGCUAGAUUUGUUACCUUAAAGGCAGUUUUCCGCAGUGUUCUUGCCUCUCAUUCCUUGUCUCAACCUCAAGACAUGAGAAAAGAGAACCACAUUCCCUGCGGGUUCAGUGGAGGCCUCUGCCCCUCCUGCCUUUGCCCGCUCCCCUCCCCUGGGCUGGCAGGACUGUAGAGGUUUCCAUGGAGCUGAAAACAAAAGGGAAUCCCUCUUGGAGUUGGAGGCGGCAAGAAAGAGCUCCCAGAGGUGCAUGCCGCCCUGUGGGAGAGGCCUGCUCCUUUUCCCUGGAAGCAUGGGGGGGAGGUUUGGGGAAGCACCUCCUCCCUGCUCUGCCUGGCCCCCCAACAGUGGUCUGAGCCCCCACCUGGUGUGGCAGGAGCCGUGGGGACUCCUGGGUGACCCUGAGUGAGCAGUGGGGUGUGUGAGAGUGGGCCAGGGAUGGCACAAGGGGGCAUGUGGAUUGCAGGCCAUCCUCACUGAGCACCCUCAAGGUGCCUUGUGAUGGGAACAGAAGAGGCCAAGGCCUGCCGAGUUGGCAGCUGCUGGGACCAACUCUGUGUGGAUGGUGGGAAGGUUGCUCAGAGAGGCAGGCGGCUGUUGAGCUGAGCCUGUGGCUCUCCCUCCAGGGACUGGUCUCCCCCUAAAAUGCAGGGGCUGAAUGGUGUGGACUCUGUCCCCCUGGCCUGGCUCAUUGGGGCCAGGCAGGCCUCUUUUGGUCGGACACCAGCACUUGGGCAGAAAAAUAGAUGAUGUAUCACUGGUCGUGGUAUUUUGAAAAGGUGGAUGAGGCCAAAGUUGUUCAUAUCUACCUAGUAUUGGAAAAUUUAUGACCAUUUUGGCUGAAUUCUUUUGCAAAUCUACUGUAUGUCUUUUCACUACCUUUUUAGAUUUGUUGUUUUUGGUUUUUAUUUUUGCAUGUAGUAAAAAGUGUUAAUUUCUCUGCAGACAAGGUCUAGAUGAGGGGUCAGAGAUCAGGGCUGAACUGGGAGGGAUCCUUUGUGUUCUCAUAGUUGGCCCUGACUUUCAGCUGUGCUGGGAUUACUCGCCGGUCACAUCACCUCUCUGCCUCAGUUUCCCCAUCUGUAAAAUGGGAGAAUAAUACUUGCCUACCUACCUCACAGGGGUGUUGUGAGGAUUCAUUUGUGAUUUUUUUUUUAACAGAUCUUUUGAGCAUUAAAAAUGGCUAAAUGUGAA